CCUUCCAGCUAAUUAGAGCCGCCCCGGAAGGGUACUGACCAAUGCGCUCGUUCCGCCCCACAUGGGGCAGGGCCUCAGACACUUCCGAGGCCGCCUCUUACGUAGCCUGCGUGCCGCGGCCGCUUUUCCCAGCGCCUGUCGCCCCCUAACGGCAAAGCUUCCUCAAUGCGACGGCCUGACGCGAGCACCAGCUAUGGAGCCGCAGGAAAAGGCGCGAGCGCUCCGGGAGCCCGUCGAUGGGCCUUUCAGGGCCUCGGGGUCGCCACCUCCGGGUAAGCAGGAGCGGCCGGAGGGUGGCGCGUCGCUGGCGGCAGCCCCGGAAAGCACAGAUGGGGACAGCUCGAGCGCCGAUGGGCUGUGGGACCUGCCGGUGGAGAAUGCCGAGCGCAGACCGGAGUGCGACCGCUGCAGCCGGCCCCAGAAAGUAUGUUUGUGUCCAUAUCUGCCAGUGCACCCACUCCAUAUCUCUACCCACUUGUACAUAAUCCAACAUCCAGCAGAGGAAAACAAAGUGUUACGAACUGUUCCUCUGCUGGCAGCAUGCCUUCCCCAGGACAAAUGUAAAGUAAAGAUUGGGCGCCGCUUCAGUGAAGAAAGAGAUGCUGAACUUUCAACUGUUUGCCGGGACUCUGGUACACUAAUAUUAUAUCCAGGGGCUGAAGCUACUAAUUUGGAAGAAUUUAUAUUAGAUGCUCCUGUUUAUCCUUCCACAAUCAUCCUCAUCGAUGGUACAUGGAGCCAGGCUAAGGACAUUUUCUAUAAGAAUUCUUUGUUCCGACUUCCCAAACAGGUAAACCAGUAUUUUAACAAAGAAUAAGUACAGUUGUAUAAUUGUGUAUUAUUUUUGUUUUUGG